AUGGAUCCAUCAAAAUGCCUAGACAAGCGCGACUGUUGGGGUCCAAGAAUGAUCACACUCGAAUCUCAUACAGCGACAUGCGCAGACUGUUGGGCAAGAGGAGACAUGCGGGUUUACGAACCACAAACAUACGACGGAGCUAACAGGGACGGAGAUGUUUCCAAAACGGUGACAUUAGACUGUGAAAGCGAUGCAGAGCGGAGUGAUAAUAGCUCCGACGAUGACGAGGACUAUUUUUCAGCUGAAGAGUUCCCAUCGUCAUCCGCAUACCCGCGACCAGCGACCCCGCAAUUAUACUAUGAGGUACAUUUGGAGCUGUGUCCCGUAUCUGAGGAUAAUGAGUUCGAUUUGACUAGGGCUUGUGACCCGGUGGAUCUUGCGUCGAUGGGGAGGGACUAUCGAGCAAGACGCCACAAAACGACUGCGUCCCAGUACUCAUCGGAUGGUACGAAUUCUUUUGUUUCUUGUGAGGAGUAUCUCGAUGAAGAAACUCCCGAUGAGGAAGAUUUUGGUUCUGGGAACAACGAAGAUGAUGUCUACUAUAACAUGGUGGGUCCCACUGUUAGGCCCAAAGGCCUGAUCAAAAGCUUGGAGGACAGAUCGUUGUGGUUAUAUGGCUCAGUGCAGGAGUACUACCUAACGGAAGAAUAG